AUGACGACCUCUUCAGCCUCCGCUCCUGCAGCGCCUCGAGCUGCGACGCCAUCGCCGCGGCGACUCCGCAUCCUCAUCGUCCGACACGGCGAGACGCACGAAAACGUUGCAAAGGUCAUCCAGGGCCAGCUCGACACGCCUCUCAAUCCCUUCGGACACCAGCAAGCCGCCACCACCGGCGCCCACCUGGCCACCACCCGCAUCCACCGUGCCAUCUCCUCGCCGCUCAAGCGAGCCGCCGACACGGCCACAGCCAUCGUAUCUCGACAGCCGCACCAGCACGGCCUGACCCUCGAGACGGACCCUCGCCUCAUGGAGCGCGGCUUUGGCGUCCUCGAGGGCAAAGUCUACCACGGCCCGCGCAACAAGCGCGACUCGAUCGACGGCAUCGAAAAGAUGCAGGACCUCGCACAGAGGCUCGCUAGCUUCUGGAACGACCUCGUCACCGUGCCCCUCGACCCGCACGCCCAGCCGGGCAACCCUAACGCCGACGACGACAAUGACGGCGACGAGCAGACGGUCCUGCUCGUCUCGCACGGUGCAGCCAUCUCGGCGCUGCUCGGCGAAGUCCUCGUGUCUGGCCAGUACGUCGAGCUGGCGCAGGGCGUGCAGCCUUCGAGGCUGUGGAACUGCAGCAUCACCGAGAUCCUCGUACCCACCAUCCCGGAUCGACGGUCAGCGUCGUCGUCCUCGGACCAGGAACCCGCCAAGAUCGCAUCGGCGGGCGACCCGGCGCGCAGGAAGCAGUGGACCAUCCGGCCCUCGCACCUCAACGUCCAGGGCGCGCAGUUUAUGCGAGAGUACCGCGCACUUCGACGCCUCCUCGCCGCCACUCAGCAUCGACAGCAGCAAGGGGACGGCCGUGACGGAGGCAGCGACGAGGACCUGCAAGCGACGAUCCGGACGCUCGAGGCUGAAAUCGCCGUCACGGAGCGCAGGUUCAAGAAGGACCCUAAGCUUCAAGCCAGGCUCGAGGGCGAUGUGCUGCGUGGCCCGGACGGCGAGGCAGUCGAAGCGGAUAUCGGAUACGGAAGGGGGAUAGGGUGCGUCCUGCGGUGGUCGGAUGUCGAGCAUCUGCGGGGCCUGGCCAAGGAUGGCGGGGACGCGGCGGGCUCGGGCGCCAAGCAGGACGUCAACGUCGACGAACUCGUCGGCAAGGGCGAGUGA